AUGUCCGUUAAAGACGACUCCUUCCCCGCCAGCGCCGCCUUCGACGCCAUCAACGCCGCCCUCCAGAGCGAGGCAGACCGCAAAGACGCCAUCAAACAAGGCGCCGGCAUCUACGCAUUCACGCUCACCAACUCCGCUGGAGACCAGGCAUCGUGGCACAUUGACCUCAAAGAGAAGGGAACCGUUGGAAAGGGUCUUGGCGGGAAACCUGACGUUACGUUGGUCCUCUCCGACGCCGACUUUGCAAGCCUCGUAGCCGGAAAAGCGAAUGCGCAGCGACUGUUUAUGGGUGGAAAACUCAAGAUCAAGGGUAACAUUAUGAAGGCGACCAAGCUUGAUCCUAUUCUUAAGAAGUCGCAGACAAAGGCCAAGUUGUAA